UCGUUUGUCGGUCCCGCUUUUGUUGGCUCACCUGGUGUCUCCUCUGUCAUCCCUCCCUCUCGCACACCAGCAGCCAUCCCGACUGGCUCACUUCUCACAGAUCUCGCCCAGAGUAUCUCACAUGUGGCAACUAAUGUCACAAAUAUUGUAACUACCAAAUUAUUAGCGGUGGAAGACUACACUACCUGGCGUACACAGUUCGAAUCGUUUUUGGUGUCCCAAGCUCUCCUUGGCAUGGUUGAUGGCUCCAUUCAGGUACCCCCUGCGUAUUCCAUAGAUGCUCUUAACCAUCAAAUUCACAAUCCCGAAUUUUCUACUUGGUUAAGAAUUGAUCAAACCAUCCGUUCAUGGUUAUUUGCAACCCUAUCUAGGGAUGUUCUUAUCGAUGUACGUGAUUUAAAACAUUCAUAUGAAAUUUGGGAACGGUUGGAGUCUCGGUUUAUGUCUGCUAGUUUAGCGAGAUCUAUGGAAUUAAAGCGUUUAUUUAAUCAAAUUAAAAAGAACCCUGAUCAGUCCAUGGAUAAUUAUUUGCGAGAAAUUAAAACAUUAGCCGAUGAUCUUGCCACAAUCAAUUGCCCUGUGCCUCAGCGUGAAAUUUUAAAAACUACUAUUAUGGGUCUAGGACCUGAGUAUGAAUCUUUAUACACUGUUGUGUCCUUAUUUGGACAAAAUUUCCCGUUUGAGACUCUCCGUAAUCAUCUUCUUGAGUUAGAGCAGCGGGUCCUUUAUCUCCGCUCCCAGGAGUCCCAGUCCAUUCAUCAGGCGUUUGGCGCGGCUAUUUCAUAUCCCAGGCAGUCGUCUGGGCAGCAGCCAACCCAGCAGAAUUCAGGAUCCACUCACCCGGUCGGGCAGCAGACUUACCCGGUCGGGCAGGCUCGGCAGAACGGCGCUCCACAGCGCGGGCGAGGACGUGGGCGCGGCAGAGGCCGCGGAGGCAGGGGCGUGGCCGAGGACAGCAUCAGCAGGCAUAUUGGUUCCCCCAGGGACAUCCAGUUUAUUACCCCGGAGGGGGUGGGCAGCCGAGUACUCCUGCAGGGGGUGUGACAUCUAUGGGCUUGCCAUCAGACGGAGGUAUUCUCGGAUCUGUUCCCCAUCCUGUUGUCUGUCAAAUUUGUUUUUCUACAGGUCAUUCUGCCAUUAACUCUCCUUCUCGUUUCACACAACCGACGUCUCCUGCUCUGUUGACUACUCCGGUGACACUACUCCUGCUCUAUGGUUUUCUGAUUCAGGAGCUUCUGCUCAUAUGACUGCAUCUGAAGGACAAAGCAACGGGGGCAAUACUUCUGCGAACUACUAGUAGUGGACCACUUUAUCCUCUCCAUCUGCCGUCUGCAUCACCAUUAGUUUUUGCUUCCGUUUUAGCUUCUGGCCCUGUGUGGCACCGUAGAUUAGGUCACUGUGGUGAUAGUACUUUACAGUUUCUUAAGAGAAAACAAUUUUUAUGUAGUCAUACUCCCUUUACUCAUGAG